GCCUGCUGCUCUGUUGUUCACUACAAACUGAAGGGAACAUCCUCGGGACAAAUGAUCACACAUUUAUCCCCGCAUACUGGACCGAUAUCACGUUAACCGGUCGAAUAUAGACUGUAUUGUAUCCUCCCCCAAGUGCAUGCCGGGAAACCGGCCCCGCGUCGGCGCCGCAGUGGAGCAUGUUAGCAUCGCUAGCCUGCUAGCCCCCCGUCGUGUCUGCCGUUGAUGAAAUUCUGCUCAGACUUCAACUUCAGACAGCGAGUCUGUCUCUUAAUUAAUGCCAUCCGCCCGGGCAUGCGGUGUCGUCCGUGACUCCCAGAACUCCGGCGCGACCAUGAGCGGGGCGAGCUGCAAGGCCAACGGAGCCGUUUAUCCCGCCUCGUCGGCGGUGAUGAGCUCCCUGAAGAAGCCGAAGAUGGAGCAGAUCCAGGCCGACCAUGAGCUGUUCCUGCAGGCCUUCGAGAAACCAACUCAGAUAUACAGAUUCCUCCGUACAAGGAACUUGAUUGCACCCAUAUUUUUGCACAGAACACUUACGUUCAUGUCUCACCGAAAUAAUCGAACAAACGCCAGAAGGAAAACAUUCAAAGUGGAUGAAAUGUUGCAGAGAGUUGAGAAGAUGAAGGGAGAGCAGGAUUCUCCAAGCUUGUCUUCACAUCUACAGUUGACAUUCACAGGAUUCUUCCAUAAGGAUGAAAAGCCAUCACAGAAUUCAGAAAACGAACAAAAUUCUGUCUCCUUGGAGGUGCUACUUGUCAAAGUCUGCCAUAAAAAACGCAAGGAUGUCAGUUGCCCCAUAAAGCAAGUGCCUACAGGUAAAAAGCAGGUGCCUUUGAACCCUGACACUAACCAAACCAAGACGGGCUCCUACCCUUCCUUACUGGUGUCCAGCAAUGAGUUUGAGCCCAGCAACAGCCACAUGGUCAAGUCCUAUUCGCUCCUCUUCAGGGUGUCGCGCACAGGGAGACGGGAUGCCAACGGCCUCGUCAACGGGGAGACCAACGAGAACAUCGAUGUUCUGGACACCCCGAGCAGGAAGAAGAGGAGCUCGUCCCACAGGGAGGAGGGCGAGACCACCGAGACCUACGUCGCACAGAUGACUGUGUUUGACAAGAAUAGGAGGCUGCAGCUGCUGGACGGGGAGUACGAGGUGUCGAUGCAGGGGACCGAGGACAGUCCGGUGAGCAAGAAGAGAGCAACCUGGGAAACCAUCCUGGAUGGGAAGAGAGUGCCUCCGUUUGAGACCUUCUCUCAGGGACCCACCCUGCAGUUCACGCUGCGCUGGACGGGCGAGACCGGCGGGAAGUCGGCCGGGCCCGUGGCCAAACCCCUCGGUACCCGCAACUCUGACGCCCCGACGCCCAUGGAGACCCGGACCAGCCACCACCGCGCCGCCCUCAUGAAUGCCGUGAAGGAGUCGGUCAGCACAGACACCCAGACGAGGAAAGAGCAGCUCCAGGUUGAGCCGCGACAGAAGCUGCGUAUAUUCUAUCAGUUCCUGUACAACAACAACACGCGGCAGCAGACGGAGGCGAGGGACGACCUGCACUGCCCCUGGUGCACCCUGAACUGCAGCAAGCUGUACAGCCUCCUCAAGCACCUCAAGCUGUCCCACUCCCGCUUCAUCUUCAACUAUGUGCCUCACCCCAAAGGAGCCCGGAUAGACGUGUCCAUCAACGACUGCUACGAUGGCUCGUACGUGGGCAACCCUCAGGACAUCCACAGCCAGCCGGGCUUCGCCUUCAGCCGCAACGGGCCGGUCAAGAGGACGGCCGUCACCCACGUGCUGGUUUCCAGGCCCAAGAGGACCAAGCCGAGCCUGUCGGAGUUCCUGGAGUCGGAGGACGGGGAGCUGGAGCAGCAGCGGACGUACGUGAGCGGACACAACCGCCUGUACUUCCACAGCGACAGCUGCAUGCCGCUGCGGCCGCAGGAGAUGGACGUGGACAGUGAGGACGAGCGGGACCCGGAGUGGCUCCGGGAGAAAACCGCCACGCAACUGGACGAGUUCACGGAUGUUAACGAGGGAGAGAAGGAGGUGAUGAAGCUGUGGAACCUUCACGUGAUGCAACACGGUUUUUCCGCCGUCUGUCCCUCCAGCUUCAUCGCGGACAACCAGAUGAACCAGGCCAUCAUGGUGUUCGUGGAGCACCGCGGCGGCCACAUCAUCCGCCGUAACCUCUGCCGCAACUUCCUGCUGCACCUGGUGAGCAUGCACGACUUCAACCUGGUGGGCACGGCCACCAUCGACCGCGCCAUGGCGCGCCUGCGGCAGCUGCAGGACGACCUGCCGGAGCUCGACCCGCAGGACGACCAGGACCUGACGCUGCUCACGGCCACGGCCGCCUGCAACGGCGGCUCCGCCUCGUCCGGCGGCGGCAAGCUCGGCAAGAGGACAAAAAGCGUGCUGACGGACUGAUGUCGGCCCGAAAACCGAACCGACGUCCGCCUGCCGGACUGUUUUAGCAUGAGUUUCCUUUUUCUUUUUCUUUUUUUUUUUUCUUCCUUAAACACGAUGAACCUUACCGACCCUUUGGUGCUUAGAUAGACGGAGAACCGGUUCCCAAACCGACGCAGAGCUACGUAGAAGUCGAGCAGGUUUGUGAAACUUGAGGACUGAACCAAAUAUGAAGCGUGUGGAAGGAUCUCCCGCUCCGACCGGGCCGGGGGUUCCAGGACGGGACGGAGAGCGAACAAAACCGAGGAUCUCGGUCCGUCGUACGAAGACUACAGUUAAAACUGUACCGGUAAACGUCACUGUCCUUUUUAUUUGUGCACAAAAUAACCGUGUUUCAAACUUAUCUUUUUAGUUGGUCAUUUUAGCACUUGGUGGUUUAUUUUAUUUUUGUUUUCUAUUUAGAA